AUGAGCGCUUCCUCCAACGUCGCUCGCAGGGCCGUCUCCCGGAACCCCUUGUUGGGUAACGCGAGGGCCCUUUCUCGAGGAGUCUCCCCUGCGGUUUUCGGUCGCCAUGUCAGCCGCCAUGCCAAAAUCCCAGCCAUCGCCCUCUUGAUCCCCAUGCGGGCCAUGAGCACCGAGCACCACCGACCCGAUGGACCCCCGGCCGGCCCUCCCCCCGGAUUCAACGCCGAAUUGGCUAAGAAGCCCCUCCCGAAGGAAUCUACCACAGCCGCCGUCAAGAAGGACACCAAGACCCAAGAUGCCGCGGCAAAGGACGGUGCCGUAAAGGCCUCUGAUGCGACCAAAGAGACACCGGCUGCGACCGAAGUAGUGGCCAAGACGGAGAGUUCUGCGACCCAGGAGGUGACCAAGGCAGAGAAGGAGGUCAAGGCGACGGUCUGGGAAAAGGUCAAGAAGGAGGUCCAGCACUAUUGGGACGGCAGCAAGCUUAUGGCUGCCGAAGUCAAGAUCAGCUGGCGGUUGGCGCUGAAGAUGGCGGCCGGCUACGAACUCACGCGCCGUGAGAACAAGCAGUUGCAGCGAACGGUCCAGGAUCUCGGCCGCCUGAUCCCCUUUUCCGUCUUCAUCAUCGUCCCCCUUGGCGAGGCCCUGAUUCCCUUCGCCCUCAAGCUCUUUCCCAACAUGCUCCCUAGCACAUUUGAGGGACAAAAGUCCAAGGAGGCCAAGGCCACCCUUUUGCGAUCCACCCGCAAGGAUGUCAGCGUGUUCCUCCGACAAACGCUCAAGGAGACGGGUCUGCCGCUAAGCGUAGCCACCGCACAGAAGGAGGAGUUCUCCAACUUCUUCCGCAAGGUCCGAUCAACGGGCGAGGCACCCACGGCUCAAGAUGUCAUCAAGGUGUGCAAGGUGUUCCGGGAUGACCUGACGCUGGACAACCUGUCACGACCCCAGCUGGUUUCCAUGUGCAAGUACAUGAACCUCAACACUUUUGGAACCGACAUGAUGCUUCGGUACCAGAUCCGCCACCGCAUGCGACAGAUUAAGCGAGAUGACAAGGCCAUCAGCUACGAGGGAGUAGACAGCCUGACUGUUGGAGAACUCCAGAUGGCGUGUGCGGCUCGUGGCAUCCGAACCCACAGUGUUUCGCCCGCACGUAUGCGUGCCGACCUUCAGACCUGGCUGGACCUCCGUCUCAUAGAGGGCGUUCCCUCGACCCUUCUGGUGCUCAGCAACGCCUACAUGUACGGACAGGGAUCUGGCGAGGGAUCCAGCCAGAUCGAGGCCCUGAUUGGCGUGCUUUCGGCUAUCCCCGAGGAGCUCUACCACGAGAUCGAGCUUGAGGUGCACAACGCCGAGGGCGCAGCUACCAACAAGCUGCGACUAGAGGUCAUCAAGGAGCAGCAGGGGCUGAUCGAGGACGAGGCCGAACAGGACCACGCCAGCCAGAGCACCGGAUUUGCGACGCCCCGAGAUUUGGACGACAUUGAUGAGAAGGAAGAGCGGCUCGCAACGGCUGCGGCGGCUGCGGCGGCUGGCUUAGAGAAGAAGCCCGCGGCCGAGAUGGUGGAGGCGGAGAUUGAGCUAAGCAAGGUGGCCGAGGCGGAGGCUGCUGCUGCGGCCAGGGUGAACAGCAAGAGCGAGCAGAAGUAA